AGAGAACGCAAUGCCGAGGAGAGGGGAGCGGCGGGGAGGUGUGGGCCAGUCGAUCAGCUGAGUGCCCGGGAGGUAGAGGUAACCUGUGCCAUGGCUGACGCCAUCACCUACGCAGACCUGCGCUUUGUGAAGGGGCCCUUGAAGAGCAGCUUGUCUAACCACAUGGGACAGGGUAAGGCCUGCCUCCUUCAGUCCCAUCCCAUCCCUCGUUCUGGACACCUACUUUGGACCUUUACCUUUACAGACGGCGAGGCCUAUGAGGAUGGGGAACUCACCUAUGAAAAUGUGCAAGUGUCCUCAGUCCCAGGGGUGCCAUCAGGCUGGGCUUCCCCUGCAUUAGUGGACAAAGCAGGGGUCAAGUCAGAGCAGCCAAACACUGCGUCCUGGAGCUCUGCGAAGCUGUCCGCCGUGGGCUGGAUUCCCCCGUGUCCCACAGUCUGCCUGCAAUACUUCUUGCUUGGCCUUCUCCUGGCCUGCCUGAUGUUAGGGAUGGCUGUCAUCUGCCUGGGAGUUCGCUAUCUGCAGGUGUCUCAGCAAUUCCGGCAGGUGACCAGGAUCUUGGAAGCCACCAACAGCAGCUUGCAGCAGCAGCUCAGGGAGAAGACAGUACAGCUAGGACAGAAGGAGGUGGAUCUUCAGGAGUCUCAGAGAGAGCUGACCUUGAGUCAGGACACGUUACAGGAGAAGCAGAAGAUUCAUGAGACCACUGAGCAGCAGCUACAGGCCUGCCAGUCGGAGGGACAGAGGACCAGGGAGAACUUAGAGAGAGAGGAGCGGCAGAGGCAGGAACAGAGCCAGAGGUGGAGAAACAUGCAGGACAAGCUGAGGCCUUUCUUCACCUGUCCAGACUCCUGCUGUCCACUGGGGUGGCUACAACAAGAGAGAAGAUGCUUUUACGUCUCACAUACUCUCAGAAGUUGGGAGGAGAGCCAAAAAUACUGCACAUCUCUGUCCUCCAAACUGGCUGUAUUCACACUAACUUCUAAAUAUUCUUAUCAGGUUCUUCUGCCCGAUGGCUUAGAGGAUUUGCUAAAUGUUUCAAAGUCAUAUUGGAUCCAGCAGACAAGCAAUUAUGAAGAUUACUAUAUGCAAAAUACGAAGAAGCAGAGGUCUGGACCUAAUUCUCCAAGCAGAAAUUGUAACAGGAUAGCAUACGCUGCAUGGAGUAGGACAUGGAGAAGACAACUAAAUACGUGUAGUGAGCUUUAUCCCUGCAUUUGUGAGCUGGAGGCUUUCAGGUUUCCUGACAUCUCCACUGAAAUGGACACGUGAACAAGAGCUUUGACCUACAUCCUUAACCUACGGCCUGCCAAUUCUUCACACUGCUAUUGCUCCGGCUACCCUCACUCUUGGGCAUGCCCGGCUAAGGGCUGAUCCUGGUCUGGCAACCUGCUGCCUGCUUGAAAGCUGCUCCAGAAACUGGAUCAUUCCUGGGAAGAGUAAAGAGGCCUCCAGAAAAGACUCUGAUCUUCCUUAAGAACUUCCCAAACCAGAGAUGGGUCAGGGCAGGGCGCAGCGCUGAGUAGAUGGAUGGCCCGGAGCCAGCCAGGCAGUUUUAUUGAAAUAUUUUUAAAUAA